GUUAUGGUAUAGUAUUUCUCCCUUAACCUUUCAUCAAUGACGUUUUGGUCUAAUGUAACUAAACAUCAACUGGUUCACAAUGGGCCCCCAGCAAGACAUCAUUCACCUCAGCCCGCAUCUUAGGCCCAAUAGAAUAAGGGAGUUUGUUACUUACCUUGGCGCCGACUGCCAGGAAAUACAGCGCGGCAAAGAAACAGAAAUGUCAGGAUUGAGGCGCUGCUGCUACGGCUUCCCUUCUCUCCACUGCUUCGCUACAGUUCACAAAACCCUAAUCAGUUAUCGAUGCUCCGAUUCCAGGCUUCUCCUUCCCACUACUGCAUCGCCGUUGAAUUUCCGCCGCCCCAUUUCCGUUUCCGCGCCAUUGAAGAAACGAAGCUUCUCCGCUCCCGCCAUCGCUCCCGCCGUCGAUUAUCCUCUUUCGGGAGUCGACGACGUUCUGGUUGGGUAUUUGUCGGGGAAGAAGAAGGCAACUGAAGUGGCUCAUUUGGUUUGGAGGCGUGUUGUUCAGCCAGGGGAUACAGUGGUAGAUGCCACUUGUGGCAACGGUCAUGACACUCUAGAGAUGGUCAAAAUGGUUGCUGAUGAAUCGGGCAGAGGGCGUGUUUACGGACUGGACAUUCAGAAGGAUGCUUUGGACACUACUUCAUCUUUGCUCAAUGAGAGUCUCAGUCCCAGGGAGAGAGCACUUGUCAAGCUUUCCGGUAUCUGCCACAGUAGAAUGGAAGAAAUAGUACCUGAAAAUAGUCCAGUUAGGCUUGUGGCAUUCAACCUGGGCUAUCUUCCAGGGGGCAACAAAAAUAUCAUCACAGUUCCACAAACAACCCGGUUAGCCUUAGAUGCAGCCAAGAGGAUUCUUCUAGCCCCCGGAGGACUCAUCAGUUUAGUUGUUUAUGUAGGGCAUCCUGGUGGAAGGGACGAAUUGGAGGCUGUUGAAGGUUUUGCUUCAGGAUUACCUGCUGAUGAAUGGAGCUGCUGCAAGUUCCAGAUGUUAAACAGACCUUCAGCUCCUGUAUUGGUUUUCUUGUUCAAGAGAUGACUUGAUGAUUAAGCUGUUAUUCUGCAAUCUUUCUUGUAAACAAAAUGUUUCAGGUUUAUUUUUUAAGGCAAUUUCAAGUCAUGUUGAUCAGCUGCCAAAACUUCUCCACAAGAAAGAGAGGUUUUAGCUUUUAGGCGGGGAAAAUUGGCGGCAAAAACAAUAAAUAAUCGAUCACGAUGGGACUCGAACCCACAAUCUCCCGCUCCGGAGGCGAGCGCCUUAUCCAUUAGGCCACGCGAUCAUUUGCUAAUAAUCUUUUGAAUACUGU